GACUUUUUAAAGUCUUGCUCCAGUGUGAAGUCUUCCUCUCUUGUUUAUCAUCCAGUACUCUUUAUCAUUUAGGCGAACUUUCCAGGAAUUUGCAACUGACUUUCCGGUAUUUUCACAAUUUCACCUCAGUGCCUUUAAAUUCUAUUCUAUUCUAUUCAAAACUCGCAUAUCCCCAAAAAAAACUCAAAUGUGUUUCGUUAAUAGUUAAUGAAUCCGGUUAAGAUGAAUCAGAAUCUCAAACUCAUACGUUAAAGAAUCUGAAUCUCAUUUGGAAGUUAAGUCAUUCCUUAUCGCUCAUUCUCAUGCUCUUCAUUCCCACGGCCCCAAAAUGUCUUUCCUAACUGAUGCAGCACUGGGAAGUGGCAUAAGUGAACUGCUCAAAGUCGUUAUAUUCGUUGCAAAACGAACCUUAGCCUUCAAAUCCAAUCUCGAAACACUAAAGAAAACACUUCACUCAGUUGAGCCCAUUUUCGAUGAAAUCAGAAACCUUCACAGAAUAUUAGAACGUCCAGAAGAAGAGACCCAAAUUUUCAUUAAGCAAUUAAAAAGUGGCGUGGAGCUCGUAGAGGAGUGUAGCACAAUCCCUUCCUGGAAACCCUGGAAAACUUUUUUUCACUCCAAGAAAUUGGCUGACUUGGAUAAGGCCAUAGUGAAGUUUUUUAAUAUACAAGUGCAGGGGUUGACGGCUGUUAAUAGUAUGAGGGCUGUGAUUGGUGUUUGAUCAAAAUAAUGAGAGGUUGGAUUUGAUUCUAAGGUGUUUGAAUAUUGGUGAAUAUUCGAGUUUUGGUGCUGUCCCGGGUGUUCCCAGUGGGGUGGUGGGGUUUGAUCACCCGUUGAAGGAAUUGAAGGAGAUGUUGCUCAAGGACGAGGUGAGAAUUAAGGUGGUUUCAGCUCCUGGAGGAUGCGGAAAGACGACUCUGGCUAAAAUGCUCUCUAAUGAUCCUGAUAUUCAAAGAAUAUUUAAGAAAAACAUACUGUUUUUGACCAUCUCAAAAUCAGGCGACAUCUGUGACAUUGUUAAGAAAAUGUUACAACCAAGACUGCCCAGCAGUCAUCUGCCAGACAUCCAAACUGAUGAUGCAGCAAUCGACCUCCUGGAAUGGUGGCUGAAGAGUAUAAGUCCAAGUCCUGUACUGUUGGUGUUGGAUGAUGUGUGGCCCAAUUGGGCUACCGUUGUUGACAACUUAUCAAGCCUGAACUUACCACAUUAUAAGAUCCUAGUUACAUCGAGAUAUUCUUUUCCAAGAUUCGAACCUGUAUACAAUUUGAAGAUUUUGAAUGAUCAAGAUGCCAUGACUCUUUUCUGCCAGUUUGCACUCCCAAAUGACGGAAGUUCCACAAUUCCUGACGAUCUUGUGGAAAAGACUGUGAAAGGUUGUAAAGGAUUUCCACUAGCCCUUAAAGUGGUUGGGCGAUCACUUUAUGGGCAAAAGGAGGUGAAAUGGAGACGUGAACAAAAGAAAUGGUCUGAAGGUAAAUCUAUUAUAGAUACCAGCACAGAAUUGUUUGAUUGUCUCCAACCCAGUUUAGAUGCCCUGGAAGAAAUGAAGGAGAGUUCAUUAAAAGACUGCUGCCUGGACCUCGGAUCAUUUCCUGAGGAUCAAAGGGUUCCAGCCACCACUCUUAUGGAUAUAUGGGCAGAACUAUACAAUCUGGAUGAUAUGGAUACCUACUAUAAUCUUCUUGAACUAGCAUUCAGAAAUCUUGUCAAUCUUUUCUGCACAAGACAAACAGAAAAUGAGGUUGAGGACUUCUGUAAUGAAAGGUCUGUCAUGCAGCAUGAUCUGCUUAGAGAUCUGACAAUCCACCAGAGCAACAUAAAACCGAUAGAACAUACAGAAAGGUUAUUUAUAGAGAUGACUGGGAAUAAAUUUCCAAAGUGGUGGAGUGAAGAAAUGAACCAGCCAAUCCAUGCACGGCUCUUAUCAAUUUCAACAGAUAAAAAUUUCUCUGGAAGCUGGUUUCCCUUGACACUCCCUGCAGUCAAGGUUGUAAUACUAAACUGCUCUUCAGCUAUGUACACCAUACCAGAGUUUAUUGAGAGAACAAAUCAGCUGAAGGUUCUGAUUAUCACAAAUUAUGGCUCUUCCUUCUCUAAGCUAUCCAACUUUCAUCUUCUUGGAAAUUUACCCAUUUUGAGGCGAAUGAGAAUGGAACGAGUUUCUUUAUCUUUCCUCAACACAUCCUUACUCAAGCCGGUGAACUUGCAGAAGAUAUCUUUUACUAUGUGUGAGAUUGGGACUGCCUUUGAGAAUACUAAUAUCGACUUAUCUCAUGUCUUCCCUAAUCUUGAGGAGAUUGAGAUCGACUGUUGUGAUGACUUGCAGAACUUGCAUGUUGGCUUGUGUGAUAUUGUCAGUCUUAAAAAGGUAAGCAUCACUACCUGUAAUGAGCUAUCUGCACUUCCAGAGGAGAUUGGGAAGCUCAGAAACCUUGAAUAUUUAAUGCUCAAUUCUUGUACCAAGCUGUCAGAGCUGCCAGAGUCCAUCGGAGACCUCCAUAAGUUGAAAUCUCUUGAUAUAUCUGAUUGUUUAAACAUAAGUGAUUUGCCCGGAAGAGUGGGUGAGCUGCGUGCUUUGGAAACGAUCAACAUGAGAGGCUGCCAGGGAUUAUCAGACCUGCGUAAGCUGCCCUCGUCUGUUAAAGAUCUGAAGCUGUUAGAGAAGGUGAUAUGUGAUGCAGAUAUUAGUCAUCUAUGGAAAGCAUACCAAAGUAAUUUGAAAAAACUCAAAGUUGAAGUUGUGAAAGAAGAUGCAUUCAAAAGCCUUAUGAGAGUCAUCUCACCAAUUCAGCAAUUUUGAGAUGUUUUGUUGUUGAAAAUCAACAACAGUCACUGAAAAAAACUGUUGCACAACUAAGCAACUAUGUAUGAACCAAGAUUCAAUAUGAGUGCGAGUCUUAGAAGUUAUCAUGAAGUUAAUCAUACAGGACCAUUUAGAUUAUGUUUAACCACUCUUCCGGGCAAAUCAUGAAGUUACCAUUCCGCCACAUAAGUAAUCAUGGAGUUAAUCAUGUAAGAACCUUUAGAUUAGUUCCGGGUACCCAACUAUGUGAUGUUUAUUUUAUUUAUAAAUUUGAUAAAUAAUUAAA